AGUCUUUUGAUUGGAUGUAGUACGCUUAAGUGGACCCCGGGCGCCUGCCGGAUAGUGAUGACGGUAAAAUGAUGGGGACCAAGGACGAACACUCAGGCAGGCUGUCACGUAGCUUGUCCUCGACCUCCAUCUUCCCUCGGUGAUUGCUCCCUCGCAGCUCACCCUCGAGGCAGCAGUGCGCGCGAAGCAAUGACCAGCGCGUGCCAACCUUCUCUCUGAUCUUCUUCGCUGCGUUCCCAAGCCUGCGCCCGGAUCCCCCUUCCCUUCGUCGCGGGCGUACCAUGUCCGGCACUCUGGAAGACCCAAGCAGUUGGAGGCCCAAGGAGGACUCGUGGACGCUGUUCUCGGAGCGGACAUGGCUCCAGGGCGCGUUCCUCGCCACGGUCGCGUACGGGAUGCAAGUCGUCCUGUUCACCAGCGCUGCGUACCUUCUCUACAAGCGGAAAAAGGACAAGAGGAAUGUCGCGCUGCUCGUCUACAUAUCCAUCAUCUUCUCCCUCGGCACGCUCUACAUGGGGGGACUCCUGAAGUUCACCCAGCUCUGCUUCAUUGACCAGCGCGAGUACCCGGGCGGCCCUAGCGCAUACGAGGAUGACAUGUUCUCGAUCCCAGUCGAUAUGCUCGCCAACGUCACGCUUGUCAUCUGCAACUGGCUGUGCGACAUCAUCAACGUCUGGCGCUGCUACGUUAUCUACAACGGCUCGCAGUAUCCAAUCUACCUCUUCCUAACGGUCCCCAUCUGCAUGUACAUAACGUCCUUUGUCUUGGGAAUCCUCUGGCUGAAGCAGGUCGGCACGGCCGACCAAUCACCAUGGGACUCCUCUGGCAUCAACUUCACGAUCCCUUACUACAGCAUGUCAUUGGCUCUCAACAUCCUAGUCACCCUUCUCAUUGUCGCCCGCCUGAUGCUGUACCGCCGCCGCGUGCGAUCGGCGCUUGGCAGCACGCAUGGCAUGCACUACACCUCCCUCGCGGCCAUGGUCGUUGAGUCUGCCGGGAUCUACUCUGCGUACUCCCUCCUCUUCCUCGUCCCCUUCGCAAUGAACCACCCGCUGGCGCAGCUCUUCCUCCAAGGCUUGUCUCCUGUUCAGAACGUCACCACCUUCCUGAUUAUAUUUCGCGUCGCGUCCGGCAAGGGCUUCGAUAAUCACAGAGCCACUCAGGCCUUUACGCAGCAAAACACGAAGUCAGGAAAGCGCACGGAUAACACUGCGAUACGAUUCGGUCCUGCGCUCGGGAUGACCACGACGCUGCGACAUAGCAUGGAAAUGACGACGGAAACUACAGAUUUGGAGACGCCGGCAGACGAGUCAAAGCCAGCGGCAACAUUCCAGCUAAACCCCCUAGAUGUUGCUGCUCAGCGCUCCAACUCGACGUUCAAGGGGACCGCCGACGUCGUAUAACCGCUCGCCGGGCCCGACUAACCCAGGUACACCAUGCGUCCGCCCGCCUUCGACACCCACGGCUGGCGGACCCAUCUCAGGUGUGCGUGUAUACCACCGACCGUAUACCCGUCCACUAUACUGUGUCAUGCGGGCCGCGCCCGCGCCACGUCCGGACGCGCUGCUGUUGCUGUAACUUAUCCUGUUACCGUCGCCUGCCUGUCCCCGUAUGACCUGCUCGUCCCCGUAUGAUAUGCUUGUCGCUGUUGUAUGGCCUGCUUGCCUAUCGCCGGGUACGAACCUCCGACUCGCCCCGAAUUCCCAUUGCCGUAGCCUUCUUGUAUACUCCACUCGCAUCUGUGUCGCCUUGCUAUCGUGUUGAAUCUGCGUCUAUUGAACUGUACUGGGAUACCUAUGUAUGUACAUAAUUCAUGUUGUUUGUUCCAAGUAUGCUCAUGACCGU